CAACAGACGGCAGACACCCACAGACCACCACACCACCGACCAAAGACCACCGCACAGCACCCAGCACAACUAGUGAAGGCAGACCGCUAUCCGCGAUCUUCGAUCUUCACCAAUGGCAAGCGCCGCAUCGGCUCUUGUGGCGUAUGCUGGUAGUAGCUCGGAUGAUGACGAACCACCACCAAAACGCCGCACGGCACCAGCAGCCGCUUCCGGUGCUUCGUCAGGACAGGCCGCGAGGCAAACGAGUAUCUCAGGGUUCUUCCGGCUCCCACAACCAACUCCACAGCAGCAGAAGGCGAAGCAGAAGAGAGACGAAACGCGGAAUCGAGAGGCCCUAGAAACUAUGGCCAAUCCCACCGCGCCAGAGAGGGCAGCUCACAUCGACAAGACACGAGUCAUCAGGAGCAACAGAGCCGAGAGGGACAAGUGGCAGCGGGAGGAAGAGGAGGACGAGGAGGAGGACGAGGACGGGGAGGAGGAGGAAGAGGAUCUGGAGAAGCGGUGGCAGAAGCAGAGGGAGAGGGAAGAGCGGAAUGACGCCAGGAAGAAGAAAAGGCGCGGCCCGAAACAAGGGUUUCAUGUCACAUCGGGCCGUUGCAAAACUGUGACUGCCGUCGACCGCGUCAAGGAGUUUCCCAACCAGACGCUGAUCGCAGAAAACGGCAAACUCUUCUGCGAGGCCUGCAGCCGUAAGCCCUUAGCCAAGAUCAAGAGCACCGUCAAAAAGCAUGUCAACGGCAGGAAGCACAUGGAGGCCGUCAAGAAGCACCAGAAGUCGAAGAAGUUGCAGCAGGCCUCCAUGGACGUAUUCCGGGAACAUUCCGCCUCGGUGGGAGGCGCCUAUGGGUCCACCCUCACCCCGAAAGAAGUCACACAGCAAAUCCUGUUCACGAAGGGGUGCCUCUCAGCUGGUGUCCCUUUGAACGCCCUGAACAACCCCACCAUGAAGGACGCCCUUCACUUCGCCGGCGUGAAGCUGCCGUCAGCGAACCACCUUGCGAACUACAUCCCGGUCAUCUUGAAAGAAGAGCUUGGCGACGGCACCUACACGGUGUGCUUCGACGGAACCCCGUAUCGCUGCGAGUGCUUCGGCAUUGGUAUCCGGUUCAUCGGCCCGGACGGACAGAUAUGUCAACGGCUCCUGGGGCUGAGCAUGCUGGCCAACAGCAUGGACUACAAGGCCAUCUUCGGCGAGCUCAACAAGGUCGUGUUCAUGGAGUACAAGCUGCGGCCCGAGCGCUGCCGUGGCUUCAUGCUCGACGGGUGCUCCCCCAACCUGAAAGCCCUCGUGGCGCUGACGACGCACUGCGCCAACUCUGUGGGCAUUCGCUGCGCGUCCCACCUUCUGAACCUCUCCGGCAACCAGAUGGAAAGCAGCCAGAUCGACAAGUUCGCCGGCGCCCUUCAGACGGUCCUCUCCCACAGCCACAACGCUGCGGACCAGUGGCGGAAGGCGACCGGCACGACGCCCCCGAAAGCCCCCAACCACCGUUGGGGUUCGGCCUACGAGCGGAACAACCUGCUGGUGACGAAUUGGCAGCAGAUGAAGACCUUCAUCGACGACUUCAGCAGCAGCGACGAGACCAGGUCGCGAAAGGCCGACUUCUGCCGGCGUGAGCUUGCCAGGUUCGGGAAGCACGGGUACCACCAAGAGGUCUGGCUGCAGAUCGAGUUCGCGGUCGCUGUGGACCUCGGGAAGCACCUCACGAACGGGACGUAUCUGCUCGAGGGAGAUGGCAUGCUGCUUCCUGUGGCGUAUGAGGUCAUCCUCAGGGUGCGGGCGGGGCUUGCCCUCACGCGAAUGGCGGACGGCUCCUUUGACAGGCCGCAUCUCCCUAAUGUCGAUGCGCUCAUCCGAGAGUACACCAAGGGCGACGCUGCGAUGGCCGCCAAGUUGGAGGACCAAGUGCGCCAUGACAUUCUCCCCGUGCAGACGUACACCUGGGAGAGGAUCGGGGACCACCCCGAUGCGCAGCAACACGAGACUAUCGCCAUCUUCGAGGCUGCACGGCUCCUUGACUUCCGCUACGUGAAGCAGCAUCAGUUGCAUGUUGCUGACAUCGACCUCCUUUGUCGCUUCCCCUUCGUUACGGAAAAUGAUGUCGCGAGACUAAAAGAUCAGAUGGACGAUUACAAUAUCGCCGCCUCUGGAGUUGAUACCGGCUACGACUUGUGGUCAUUCUGGCAUGACAACAGGCACAAGAGUAGCCUUUGUCACUGGUAUGGAGUUGCGAAGGACAUCGUUUUGCUCCAACCGUCCUCUGCCUUCAUGGAACGUGUCUUUUCCAUCCUGCGUGCUUGUAUGGAUGCUAGGCAGGAGAAGAGCUUUAGUGACCGCGUGGCAGCGUCCGCUCUUCUUAAGUACAACAGAGGCCGGGGAAAAUAGGAAUAGGGCGUGCUAAGAGCUGGGUGUAACCUGUAACCACGGUGUCUGGUUAGGUCGUUAGGUCUGGUGUCUGGCGCUGUCUGUUCGUGUGGUGUCGCUGUACGCUUGUUUUUCUGUUUGUUUUUCUGCGAUAUCACGUAUCACGGAUCACGGAUCACGGUGAAGAAAUCAGAAUAACACAGAGCACAGAAUCGACAACCAGCAAGACCACGUGUUUCAAUGUGUCGGGAAAGACAGAGGCACGUGCGUACCUCGCGCAGUGACCCUCAACGUCAUGUAAAAGCAACACCGUCGGCAGAAAGCGCGUGCAUAAGUACACACAUAAAACUGGAAAACAAGCAUAACUGCGUGCAUAAUUCGCUGCUGUAAGCACAUGCUCAGCCAGAAAAAUCCGCAUAAAAAAAAAAAAAAUCCGCAUAUCAGGUAUAAGCCA